AUGGAGCCUCUUGAUCUCGUCUUUAACCACCUGGUCUUGCCGCCCAAGCUGCCCAACCACCGGGAUCUCGAUACAGAAGCCAUAGGAUCAGCCAUUUUGGCUCGCCUGCAGAGCGCCUGCCGAGUCGGCAUCGCGGAAGCGAGCUUCGAUGCCCAGCAUUUUCUGCGAGAUAUGGCCAAUUUCCGCCCCGACGAUGUUUUCUUGCUGCGCAUAUCGGAGCAGAAUGCAGCGCUUUUGAUCCGUCGUCACGUUCAAAACGAGGAGCACUUCGUCAUCUUCGAAGUCUUUGAAACCUCACCCUUGGCGAAACACGUGCUUGAGUCCGACAACGCUCUCGAGUGGGAUUUCCCCGGCCGCGCCGCUCAGAUCACCCUAGACGUGUUCCAGCAGCCUUCGUUCCAGGAAAAUCUCUCUCGGUUCCUAGAACAAGCGGCUCAGGAACCGUUGCAUCGCUUCGCCGCGCGUGCCAACAAGGCUGGAGCAACCCCCGUCGAGUCCAGAGACACCACCGACCCGGGUCUUUUGACUCAGUUCCUCAUGCCCCUACUGGAGGCGACGGGGCAUUCGGUCGACACGAUCAGGGUACGAAAGCGCGUCAGAGACGAUGUGAACAUCUACAAGGGCGAAUCUCCCUGGAGGAGAGACCCAUCUUGGCUGGCCUUGCGCGUGGCUGUCCAGCGCCAACUCUGCCUCAGCAUGGGCAAUGAGAACGGCCGAGCGUCCUAUAAGUUUUUGAUCUGCGCCGUGCUUGCUCAGCUGCUCAAGGACUGCGCCGGAAAGCUCUCCCCGGGCAUGACGCUUGUCCUGAGAGCCAAGCUGUGCCGCUAG